AUGGCCGCUGCGCCUGCAAAGUUUGUAACCAGAAGAUACGUUUUCGAUGCUUCUGCUUUAUCCAUAUUCUCAAAGCCCAACUGGUCAGUCCCAUCACGCGUGGAUGUGGUGACCGCCUUGAUAUGCAAAUGCUUCAUGGAGGCUGUGGCGGAGGAGGAUGAACCGAAGCCCUUGGUGAUGGCUCAUUCAGUCAACUUGCGGAGGCGGGCAGUGCCACCAUUUCCAGAGGAUAGUUUUGGUAAUUUCGUGUGGACACCUGUUGCUGUUUGCAACAACCCUAAAGAAAAGAAGUUGAGAGAGUUGGUGUGGGAGUUGAAGAAAAUAUAG